AUGAGGGGUGCUUCCCACCUCCAGAUCCUGCUCCUGUUGGUGCUGGGUGAGUGGGGAGCCAGAAUGCAGAAGUGUGCAGCUUGUGGGCAGCCCCGCAUGUCCAGUCGAAUCGUGGGGGGCCGGGAUGCUCGAGACGGAGAAUGGCCAUGGCAGACAAGCAUUCAGCACCGUGGCACCCACGUGUGCGGAGGGUCACUCGUGGCACCCCAGUGGGUGCUGACAGCAGCUCACUGCUUCCCCAGACGGGUACUGCCAUCAGAGUACAGUGUGCUCCUAGGAGCACUGAGUCUGGGUGUCAUAUCAUCCCAUGAGCUCUUGGUUCCUGUGCUGCGGGUGCUGCUGCCUCCUGACUACUCCGAGGACGAGGCCCGUGGGGACCUGGCCCUGCUACAGCUACGUCACCCAGUGUCCCUGAGUGCCCGAAUCCAGCCUGUCUGCCUGCCUGCUCCAGGAGCCCAUCCACCACCCGGGUCUCCAUGCUGGGUCACUGGCUGGGGUAGCCUCAGCCCAGGAGUACCACUCCCAGAGGGGCGACCCUUGCAAGGAGUGAGGGUACCACUGCUGGACUCUCACGCCUGUGACCGCCUCUACCACCUGGGUGCCAAUGUGCCCCAGGGUGAGCGCAUAGUGCUACCAGGGAACCUGUGUGCUGGCUACCGCCGGGGCCAUAAGGAUGCCUGCCAGGGUGACUCUGGAGGACCCCUGACCUGUAUGGAGUCUGGUCGUUGGGUCCUAGUGGGUGUGGUGAGCUGGGGUAAGGGCUGUGCCCUGCCCAAUCGUCCAGGUGUCUAUACCAACGUGGCCAAGUAUAGUCCCUGGAUCCAGGCUCACCUGAGCCUCUGAUGCUGGAGGAUUCAAUAAUGUGAAUCUGGAGCUUCCUGGCCCAUCCUGCGCUCCUCUUUCUUACAUGAGGCUGAGAUGCUGAGAGCCCAUCUGCCCAUGCCCCUGCCUCCUCUCCUCCUUGAGGUACAUCUUCUGUCACUCAGGGAUCUUCUGUGAGUGCCCUGCCUCACACUUCUGCCCUCUCCUUUUGGCUAGUAUUUACCUCUUUCCGCUCUAGAGAUGGGUAGACCAGCUGGGUAGACUGGCCCGUGUGCCUUUUAUUUCCCUGGUGGAAGUCAGACAGAUUUAAAGUAUAAGAGGGACUCAACACCAGAGAGAAUCUCCACUGCUGCCUUUGAAAGUCGAGGGGCCCGGCAUUGUGAGUGCCAGCCACAAGGCACCGACAGCCAGCAGGAAAGAGAAAUCUGUAACCACCAGGAAGCACAUUCUGCCAACACUCAGGAGACUGGACACCAAUUUCCCCAUCUUCUGAUCCCUUAUCUUCACACUGGUGAAGCCCUCAACAGAAAGCUAGCUCAACUGAGCAACCCAAACUUUUGAUCCACAGAUGUUUGAUUUAAUAAAUUUAUGUUGUUUUAA